AUGGCACAGGUAUUCAAAUCAUUCCCUCACUCCCAAAAUACAACACGACCACUUCGUUUGGUUAAUUUGGUGAGAAUCUUAAACCCUUUAACCUUGGGACCCGAGUUGAGCUCCAAGCAAGUGGGGAGGGCCGAAGGGCUCUACGCGUCGGCGUCGCGGACGGAGCUUAGUCUUUUGAUGGUCAUGAACUUCGCCCUAACCGCAGGGAAGUACAAUGGCAGCACCAUCACCAUCAUGGGGAGGAAUAGGCCUCUCAUGACCAAGGUUAGGGAGAUGCCUGUGAUUGGUGGUAGUGGGAUUUUCCGGGUUGCUAGGGGAUAUGCCCUGGUAAAGACUCAUUCUUAUGAUCCUUAG